GGGAGGGAGGGGUAAGGGAGGGGAGGCGAGGCGAGGGCUGGGCCAGGAUGGACUGGAAGUGUGCCUCCAGCAGCAUUUAUAAACAUGGCCCCUUUACACACCUAAGGGUCAUUGUUUACAUCCAUCCUUACGUGCCAUUCCUGCACCCUGACAGUGUAGCAGAGCUGCAGCAGACAGAGAAAUAAACAUCUCACUAUUAAGCUUCCUCCUUUUUCCGCCUGUCGGUGUUCAUCUUGAAGACUCAGCACCUGUUCUGCAGGGAAGAUCGCAUCAGAGGGGGAAACUUUGUGGAUUUUUGCAACCAAUUAAUUCUUGUUUAGAUCUUCCAAAAACCAGCUGCCACCAUUUCACCUCCAACAAGCAUGUACAGCUCCAGCUAUUCCCGGAGCAAGUUUGGCCUGGAGGCAAGGGAGCCCCUGCACAAGUCGAAAGGAAAGAGCUGUGGUUACUACAUGAGGAUUGUUUUCUUCUUUUCCUCUCUGAUCCAGUCUCUCAUCAUCGUCAGUCUGGUGCUCUUCCUCAUCUAUGGACAGCCAGAGAAGUCUGCAGAGGAGAAGAGGGUGGAGGAUCUGGAGCUGAGUUUCAACAGGCUGAGUGAGAACAACAUCCAGCUGAGGAAGGAGAAAGGCGAGCUGGGAGCUCAGCUGGAAGCUCGCACAGCUGAGAAGGCUGCUCUGGAGAAAGCGCUGGAGAAGCUGAAGACCGAUGCCAACAGCACAGAAUAUCAGCUAAAAAUGAAGUUGUCAAACUGUGAGAGAAUGACAACACUGAGCAUGAUGCGUCGUCCUACCCCUCCCAUCCAGGCCCCUCCUUUACUCACUACCAGCAGUGAAUUAAAAACAAUGCAGAGCCUCAACGCUCAGCAGAAAGCUCUGAUAAAUCUCAUUGAGGCAAACUUCACCCAGACGGUUCAGUACCUGAGCCAGGAGAGAGACAACGCCCUCAAAGACCGAGACACUCACCACGGGGAUGCCAUCACCCUGCGCAGGGAGAACACAAUGCAGAAAGAGCAGCUCACCAGCUACACCAGGAAGUGCAAAGAAGACUUUGCCCAGUCUUUGAACGGGAUCACAACGGUGACCAGGGAUUUCCUGAACCGUAUCAACAACCUGUUCCCUCACCAGCUGACCUUUCACCUCACCUGUGACAGCCAGCAGGAACAAAUGGAAAAGAUAAGAAACAGCUGCACAAACCUGUCCAGAGACGUGGAGAAUAAGUUCCAGUUGUAUCUCGACAACGUUGGCAACAAGGUUGCAGAGAUCCAAGCCAUGUCCAGUCGUCUAGAGGUGCAGAACUCACACCUGAUGUCCGACCUGCAGCAGUGUGAAAAAAAUCGCAGUGAAACGGUCGCUGAGGCCGCCAGGCAGCUCCAGCUCAAGCAAAAGACUCAUGAUGACCAGGUGGAAAAAUUACUUAUGGAGCAGAACCGGUUGAGAGAACAGAAGAAGCUGCAGGACGACAGUUUGGCCCUGAGAGAGAGAGAAGUUAAGAUCCUCCAGCAGAAUUUUAAGUCUGGUGUUCCUAAAGCUUCCGGCCUCCAGGCCGCCCCACAGCAGGGCGGAGGGACUGUGGCUAACUGGCCUCUUGUUGGAGCACAGGGCAUCAGCAAAACUCUGAAGGUGAGAUGAAAUGAAGCAGCAGAGUAAGAACUGGCGGCACCAGUGGUGCAACACAGUGAUCAACAUUGGCCUUUAAAGACUUUUUAAAAGACAUGUGAAUAUUUCUGAUGCAACACAUUUCAAACACAACCUGUAAAUACUUGUGAUUGCAUAUUAAUGAUAUAGGUGUUGUUGUUGGUUUGUGCAUGCUUUGUUUAGUUCUACUUGGCACUGAAGAUUCAUUUGCGUUUUACUCACUUUGAGUUUGAGUUUAAAUAUUUACUGUGAAAAGCUUUUGUAUCUUUAUACUCAGGUAAAUGUAAAAAUUUCCAUGACACUGGUGUAAAUAUUUUCUCUUGUGUGUCACUCAUGGUGGUUUAUGUUAUUAAGAAAACCAACAUGGGAAAAUCUUUUUAUUACCAUGCAAUUAAAAUUAAAUGAACCAAAAAAAGAAA